CAAACCUACACAGCGAAUCGCACACUCCCAUACACACAAGCAGCGCUCUUCAAGGUCAUUGCAGACAUCGAUGCCUAUAAACACUUUGUUCCAUUCUGUACAGACUCACACGUCACGCAACAUACGAAUGAUUCAACUCCCCUACCAACGCAAGCAGAUUUGAAAGUGGGUUUCAAGCAAUACCAAGAAUCGUUUACAAGUCGCGUGCAUUGUGUGCCUGAUACCUCUGUCCAAGCAGUCGCGAGUCAGCAUCCGCUAUUCAAAAAGUUAGUCGCUGCUUGGCGGUUAUCACGGGUUGGUGAGGAUGCAUGCAAGGUACAGCUAGAAGUGGAGUAUCAGUUUGUGAAUCCGUUGUAUGGCGCUGUGUCUGCUGCUGUUGUGCCCAAAGUCGCUGGGCAGGUAUUGGAGGCGUUU